ACCUAGUGUCAGGAGUUAUAUACAGCACAUCAGCCAGCAGAAAAGUAGACCAUUAAGAAACUACCAGAAGAGAUGGAGCAUGUUACAGUCUUGCCAGGCAGUCAGUCACUACUGCACCUCAAAACAACCCACGGAGGCAGACACCGUUAAGGCACAGUGGGAGCCAGAUGGUGCUACGUCCUCCACCGAAGAGGCUGGAUUCUCCCAUACACCAGAGAUGCCAUCAGACCCUGAUAAUGCAAUCCAGGAACAAGCCGUAAUGGUGGGAGAAAAUGAAGAUGGAAUGGGAGAGGCUUUACUUGCUUCUGAAGUAGAGGUCUCGAACCAUGAGACUGCUGGUGUGAAGUCACCAACGAAGAAAAAAUGGGCAGCAAACAAAAAAUCUGGAGUGCCAAAGAGCUCUGCCACUGGCACAAACAUAAAAUCUACAUUAAAAAAUCAUGAAACCCUGUUGAAAGGAAUUAGGUCAAAAGUGAAGACUAUUCUCUACCAGGCAGAGGGUUCGGUUGACACUGAGGCAGAAAUCAAUGAUCUCCAAGAGAAAUGUGAUAAGCUUUUCUCUUGGUUAACUGAAGAGAACAAGAAAAUAGAAAUGAAAGAAAGAUCAACAGUAGCCAUGGAGUUUUUGAAGGUGAUGCGUAAAUUGGAGCAGUCCUCAGAAAUACCAUCAGUGGUCAAGGUUAAAGACUGGUUAGUUGAAAAUUUAGAUGGUCUAAGUGUGGCUGUACUGGCAGACUUGUAUCAAAUGUACAUUAACUCCCCAGUCUCCGAAGAACGCUCAUCAAUAUUGACCCAGACCCUGGAGAGGCUAAGAUCUGGAGUUCGUUCUCCAGAGGAUACUUUUCACUUGCUGGUGCGGAGCCGUGAUGCGGACUUGAUUGAAAUGUUUCUACCCGUCAUUAAAGCCAACUUGGGAAAGAUGCAGUUCAGGGAGUUCUCACUUCUGAUGCAGUCCAUGGCAUCAGUUCAAGAUCGUAACAAAGUUAUCAUAAACAUGAUAUGUUCCUCUCUAGCGGAUAGGUUUGAAGAGCUGGAGGUACGGAAGAAGCCUGUGGCACAAGUGGUUUCAUUGGUUGAAUCACUAGCAAGGUUACAUAUUUACAAUGGCGACCUAUUAGAAAAGCUGGCCCAGGUACUCGUGCAGAACAAGCGGUUCAUGAGUGCAGCUCAGGUGUUAGAACUGUUGUCUUCAUUGUCACACCUACGCCUCAGGGACCCAAUGCUGCUAGCCUUCAUUGACAGUGAAAUUGACCAGAAACACAUGGUUUUAGGCCGCGCAUUUCCAAAGAAACUUGCAGAUGUGUUACUGUCAUUUGCUAAUUUGAAUUACGUUCCUGAAUAUAGUUGGAUAUCUGAACCAAUGUUUUGGAGCUACUUUGAAACCACCCCAGUUCAACACAAACAUGUCUGGCUGGACAUGAUAUGGUCACUGGUCAUCUUGAACAAGGCUCUCCCAGAUCAGAUACAGAGCGUCUUGUCACCAAGUUUUUAUGAACCAUUAUUGAAGACAUUUGAGGAGAAAGAUGCUGGCGUUCAGCAGAAUUUGGCCUGCAGAAAGUUACUGCAGAUAAAUGCCAGCGCCAAUUUGGACAUGGAGGGGACGUAUGAAGGGGAGCUGCUGCCGGAGGAUUUUAUCACCAGAUAUAACGUGAAGCCUCCCUCCAUUCCCAAGGUCUCCCUGGUGCAUGCACUGAGUAAGGUGGUAAAACUCCAGGCUGUCAGUGAGGACUGCUUCAAGGAGAAUGUGUUCCUAGACUCAGGCCACUUGAUCCAUGUGGAGCUGCUUCUGAAUCAGCAGGGUUUUUAUGUACCUCUUGAUAAAGAGCACUCAGAUGAUGUAUUCAGAGUGGCCGUCAUUGUGAUGGAUUUCCCUUUCAUGACGCUGGGAGACGUGCAGCCUGUGGGAGCAUUUGCACUAACAAUCAGGCACUUGGAGAAACUUGGGUACUUAGUGGUAGAGAUUCCUUACACAGAGCUGGGAGGGGAGUCAAAGGUCAAUGUCCUCAGCAAUGCCCUGAGGAGAGCAGUACAAAGCCGGAUCGCUGACCAGCUCAGUGAAGCAGUCUGAUUUGCUGACUGUCAUGGAUCUUAUCACCUGAAGUUAAAUUUUUCACUGGAAACACAGACAUGUUGCUUUCUCUGCCCCUGCUGUUCUUCACACAGUUUACCAUGUGAUCUUUGACCCCAGAGAAGUCACGUGAUUUCAUAUGACCUUUGACCUGAGACAUGAAUUCAAAAUUAUGGACUAUGAACAACAGUAAUAUGUUGUCUUGCAGAUCUUAGAAUGUUUUGCUUGUUCCAUGCUGUUUUUGCCCUCUGAGCUGCUUUGGUGGAGAAAAAGCUGAUUAAGUAUAGUGCUAGAACUUGGUAUAUGUGAGCAAUUUGAAUUUGUCCAGUGAAAUAUAAGACGUUCAAAAACGCUUUUAAGGAUAAAUGAUCAUAAAAUAAGUCACGUUUACAUUUCUUCCAUCAAAUAAUCUAUUUGAAUUAGAUUUUACUGCAUUGGUUAUGUGAAAUAACUGUUUUCUUGAAAUAUGUUAGAGUUGAGUCAAAAAUCACAGUUACAAUUUGGGUUAUUCAACAAAAAAGUGGACAUGUGAGCCCAUGACACACAUUUUGUGUAAUAUUUGCAAAGCUGUUUUAUAAUAAGUUUUAAUUACUGUUGCAUUUUUUUUAUAUUGGAGAAUAAAUAUGCUGUAAUGUUAAGCAUUGUGUCACUGACAAGACUCGAAGGUUCACUUUUUGUUUGAAUGACCCUUAAAAAGGUGUGUACCCUCUACCAGGGUCACAGAUGGGAGUUUUCAGUAGAUAUUCACAAACGUGUCUGGCUGAUUCACAGUACGAUACUUUACUGCUCUCUCGCGUUGGAGAAAAUCUGCAACCCUGGUAGAGGGUAGUUCACCUGUCUGGUUUUUCAUUUACUAGUUAAAAGACGGUGUAUUGUGAAGAACAAAAGUCUCAUCACAAAUUCGUUGAGGAAUGAAUAUGUAGAUUGAAAAAUGGAAAGUAAAGGUGAACGGUUUUC